UGGAAUAUGCAUUCGUGUCCCUCUUGGUCGGAUUAAGGGGCCUGAUAGCGGUAUGCUAACAUUCGUGUCCCCCCUUGGCGGUUCAAGGGGCUCUUAUAGCGAUAUGUGCACCCGUGUUUCCCUCUUGGAUAUUCAAAACAUACAAGCUCCUAAUAAUAGCGAUGUCGUCUGUGAACAAAGUUAUAGUAGUGAAAAACAGGUGU